AGUCAGAAGAGACGCAGACAGCCGGGGAGGCUGCAAGGGGGGGGGGGGGAUAGCAAGGACAAACACAAACAAAGACAUCAAGACAGAGAAAAUUAGACGGCAGAGAGAAAGGUGGGGAGACUGCUGAGGCAAAGACAGACGAGAGGGAAGAGGGAGCAAGAAUAAUGAAGCACCAUCUGCUGCCAGAGAGAGAAACAUGUUGACCAUUCAGACGAGAGCAGAGGAUCAGCCAGCGAUCUGCAGUGAGACACACACAUCCCCUCCUGAAUGACAGUCAGACUGACGAAUCCUCAGCGAGAAGGCAGGAGAGAUCCAAGGAUCAGUCUGAUCAGCAGUCUGGUCGGAGGAGAUAUUUGUGAUUGCGACUGGACCGUGGGAAAUGAAAAAGAAGACGCUUUAUCCUCUUCAUCGUCACCGUUUGUGUUGUCAAAAUUUUUCUUCUGAGUAAAUCCACAGUGUUCUGAGGGCUCCCAUGACACUGAUAUAUGAUAAUAACGAACAACACUGUCUGGAGGAGGAGCAGGCACUGUCGUCUCUUUUUUUUUUAAUUACCUCCCACUGGAGAGCACAUUGAACACUGUUGUACUGUUUUGUUUUUUUAACAGAAAACAAAUCAGUUGUAUAUUUCUUGAGAGUUUCUCCUGAAGAAUCAGGGUUGUACCGCGUACGAUGCAAACUCCAGCCUCCAUGGUGAUGGGGAUUGUAUUUUCCCCGUUGGGACUGGUCCUCGUCUUCACUGCUGCCAUCACCCCGCAUUGGAGAGAGGGACAAGCACGUCUGGGCAUGACGGGGCCGGGGUCACUCCUUCGACCCGGGGUCAAAGGUCAGGGGAUGGGGGUCAAGUCAGUGGAGGCUCUGCUCUUGCUGCGCUCCGACGGCCUCUGGGAGAGCUGCCUGCAGGUGGAGCACUCGGAGCUGAAACAGUGCUGGCCCGUAGCAGGUCCAUACCAGAGGGACCCGCGGGUUCGCCUGGCACAAGGUUUGGUCCUGACCUCCUUGUUCCUGUGCGGCACUGGUAUUAUCCUGGCUUGUAUUGGGGUCCGGUGCUGGACAGACCUGCCUCUGAGAGGCGUCACGGCCACAGGUGGACUCCUGGUGGUGAUGGCUGGGCUCCUGAGCCUGACCGCCCUCGGGGUUUACACCCACAACCUCGGACGACUGGGGAUGGUCGGUGCAAGUCAAGGGAUCAGCAACCACAGGUUCCCCCACCUCAGCCUGCGUCCGGCCGGCUCGCUGUACUUUGGGUGGCUGGGUUCAUGUUUACAGGUGCUGGGCGGCAGUGCUCUGCUCUUCAGCUUCAAACAUCCAAGAUGCCCAGCCUGCCCGGAGCUACCUGUCUGUCCUCCCAACAAGGGAGAGACAGACGUGUAUGACGUCACCUGUUAGAGACAAGACCUAAAGACCACGUGGGUGAAGAUACACAUUCGAUCAUGUCAACUUCGAACUCAUAAACUCAUUUAUCGGCCACUCAAUGACGCGAGUCAAUUUAGAAAUGAACCACAGAGCAUUACCACCAUUAUUGGACUCUAACGUCAGGUAUGAACCUGAUGGAUGUAAUCGCCCCUUGACAUUGGCAGAGACAUAAUUUGUGGGUGUAAGAUCCAAAGUGAUGAAUCACGGCGCACAAAGAUUGUCACGGAUUCAUUAAGAUCAUGGUGGUUGGAAAGAGCUCAAGUUCCUGUUGCCUUUUACUGCGUGAAACAUGUAGUGAAACACGACUGAAGUGUCUCUGUGCUGCUGCCUCUCCACACUGUAGCCAUGCGUUUGUACUGUUAGCAGGAAAAAAAUGACCUUGUUUGUAUCCGAACAAAACUGUGAAAUGUAAAAAUAUUUGUGGUGAACUGUAAGAGCAGAUUAGCAGCUGUUUACAUAAUGUUAGGGCUUCAAAUGCAGAUGGAUGGGAGAGCUAGUUUAACAUUUCAUUAUACUCAUUACCAUUGUGAAAUAAAACAUAAGAGCUGCAUUUCAUCUGUAGUUUUAUGUUACUUGUUAAAGGAAAUUUGUGGUAAACUGAUAAAUACCUGGAAAAAAAAAUCAGCCACCAAUUUGUUUUUCUCCAAUAGGAUGCGAAAUCUGCUUUUUAAUGUUUUGGAUUCAGUCACUGCAAGCUAUGAAAAAGACCAAUUAUAUAACCAUCUGUCCGUCAGGGUUGAUCUUUGUAUGUCACCGUCACCAAGGAGCCUUCGUCUUACUAAUGUGACAUUACUAUUGGACAACAGGGUGUUUGUUGAUAAUUCUUUGUAAAAAUGUUCGUCGUUGGUGAUAUACUUGUUGCAGUGUGUUCAUAUUUGGUGUAGCAUUCUGCGUUGAAUAAAAAGUUUGAAAGAUUUA